AUGUCUCCACGCUUGGUUAUUACUACCGAAUGGGCAGAAUGCCGCGAAUUAGAAUUUCGCCAUACCUGCUGUCAUUCUGUUUCUAUCACGCUUAUACAAUUAUGCUUGGUAGAAAACGUCCAGGCUGUUCUGGAUGCUUUUCAUUUGAAGGGUGCUGUUCUCGCCGCGGUGUCUAGCACAAAGUGGGCCAGCUUCUACAAUGACCAAACGACAGGCCUCGAGGGUGGAGAAGACGGUCCUGAGGAAGAUGAUGAGGUCACUUCGACAGGUGAGGGGAAAAUAUAA